CGCAAGGGGUGUCCGCGUCUGAGAAUCCGGAAGUUCAAUCGAUAUGACCGUAAGAAACGUUAGGUUAUGUGACGAACUUCACGUGUGAUUUUGUGUUAUGAAGACGCUCGCGCUCAAGGGUUAAUUUGAGAUGUUUGACGGCAAGAAUUCAAUAUUCGAAACACCAUGUAGUUCCUCAGCCAAAUCUGAACGAAAAUUCAAUCCUUCGUAAACGAAAAAGACAAUCAAUAUGGAAGAACUAAGUGCGAAGGUGGCGCAGACAGUUGCAAAAACCGGGAGAAGAUUAUUAAUUUUUAGUUAUUUCAAAGACCCAUCCCUAGAAUGCCUGUAUGAAAACUUCAGUCUUCGACAGAAACGAACCGGUUUAGAGAGUUUUAUAGUUGGAGCCAUCCUGAGCGGUUUGAAUGUGCUUUUUGUUAUUGGUGACGAGGAUGUUGUCGAACUGUCAGGAUUAGUGGGAAUGUUACUACUCCACUUCUUCCUGUUGGUGCUCUGCAGGAAGGGUUACAACAAUAAUCUCUUCUGGGGAGUCAUUCCACACGUAUGCUGGCAUCUGGCGAACGCACAGUUUUUCUUCUUCUCGAGGCACAGCUUGGAAUGGGUUCUUCUUCUCAAUUUCCUGAUCUACAUCACCCUACCGUUAAGAUUGCGGUACUGCAUCAUGUUCAGCAUCGGAACCAGUGUUUCCUAUGGAAUUAUUCUCUAUGGGUCUUCUGGAAUCAACUACAACACUUUUGAACAGUACGCUUCGAAUUUCCUGCUGCUUCUCACCGCCAUAAUUCUAGGAUUAACCUGGUACGUCAUCGAAGACAAACAGAAACGCACAGCUUUCCUUGAGACGCGUCAAUCCUUAGAAGUUAAGCUCGUGAUUGAGGAGCAAAGUGCCGAACAGGAACAACUCCUGUUAUCUGUGCUGCCCGAACACGUUGCUGUACAAAUGCGGCAGGAUUUGGAUCGUGCUGAUAGCCAGUUCAAGAAGAUAUAUAUGAGUCGACAUGAGAACGUGAGCAUUCUAUACGCUGAUAUUGUUGGAUUCACAGCAAUCUCUUCGACUUAUUCAGCUCAGGAACUUGUGAAAAUGUUGAACGAGCUGUUCGCAAGAUUCGACAAACUGGCUGAGAAAUAUCAUCAACUAAGGAUCAAAAUUCUCGGUGACUGCUAUUACUGUAUCAGUGGAGCACCUAGGGAACGUCCAGAUCAUGCAGUUUUAUGUGUUCAUAUGGGGCUUUCGAUGGUGAAGGCAAUCAAAUACGUCCAGCAGACGGCUAACUCCCCCGUGGACAUGAGGGUAGGAAUCCAUACGGGCGCCGUACUAGCCGGAGUAUUAGGCCAAAGGCAGUGGCAGUUCGACGUCUAUUCCAAAGACGUGGAACUGGCCAACAAAAUGGAAAGCAGCGGUAUGGCUGGUCGGGUCCAUAUUUCUGCAACAACCCUGUCGUUCCUAAACGGCGAAUUCGAGGUUGAGCCUGGAUACGGGGAGAAGAGAGAGGAAGCACUACGAAUAGCAGGUCUCAAAACAUAUUUCAUUGGUAAAGUACUGAAACCGUUUCAGCCCCCCAAGUCGGACGUUCAGAAUGGAAAAACUGUGAUUCCUGAAGAGGACAGUUGCGUAAUUUCGGAGCUGUCGUUAGAGAAGAAAGAGGAUAAAUUAAAAAUCAACUCGGACGUGGAAACUGAGGAGAACAAUAUAAACAGAGAGAGACAAAACUCUGCAGACAUAAAAGAAAGGCUCAAGAAAGAGCUAGUGACAAGAGACGGGCACAGAGAACUAGUGAAAAGUACGAAGCCUACAAGCUUAAGAUUCACGGAUCCUCACAAAGAAGAAACUUAUCUUCGCACAGUGGGUUCUCCGCCAAGAAUGAUAUACGUUUUGUUUUUCUUCAUUAAGUUGACAAUGAUCAUUUCAAUGAUUCUCGUUUUGCCAAGGUUUGUUUUCAUCAACAUUAUCUUUCCUUUGGAGAAUUUUGUUUACCUUCUGCUGAUAGUCCUCUGUCUAGGAGAAGGGUGUAGAAUUUUGGAAUGGUGCUCUUUUAUAUUCCGGCAAUCAAUAUUCAAGAGGAAAAUUUUAACAUUAUAUAUAAUUGUAUUAUUAGGAAUCUUCAACCUUUCGGAUUCGUUAUCUUGUCUCAAUAACGAAGUACAAUACCCCAAUUGUACUUACACCGAAGAAAUCGAUCAAUACUGCCUUUAUCCAUCUUACUUCAGCUACUUCACUGUUCUGGUCCUUAUAGGGAUGUCCUUACCUGCCUGCCUCUCAUACAUAACGAAAAUCAUUUUUAUGUUAGUUACCGCAAUCGCUCAAAGUCUGAUCAAUAUUUUUGUACUUGGAGAACAAUUGGACUGCGAAUUCGAUAUGCGAGAUUGGAGCAGUCCCAAUGAUGGAAAAUAUACAAUAUCGUCAUAUAUUCUGGUUGUUGGAAUUACAUUGUCUUUCCUAGUUAAACAUAUGGAGCAGGUUGCGAGGGUUUUAUUUUUAUGGAGAAUGGAGGUGGAGGAGGAGAGUACAUGUGCCGAGGAUAUGAGAAGAAGGAACGAAGCGUUGGUCUACAAUAUUCUGCCGCCACAUGUGGCAGCUCAUUUUCUGGGCAACAAGCGAAGACAACAUGAUGAGCUCUAUUCACAGAGCUACAGCGAAGUAGGAGUCCUGUUUGCUUCUAUGCCGAAUUUUUCAGAUUUUUAUUCUGAGGAAACGGUAAAUAAUCAAGGAUUAGAAUGCCUUCGUUUUCUGAACGAAGUGAUAUCGGAUUUUGAUGCGUUACUUGAGCUACCUCAAUUCCAAGACAUUAUAAAGAUCAAGACAAUUGGAUCAACCUAUAUGGCAGCUAGCGGCCUAAAUCCCUCCAGAAAAGUGAAACCUGAAGAUCCAGUAACAGUUCGGUGGGCUCAUCUGGCACUUCUGGUAGAAUUCGCUCUGGAACUCAAGAAAGCACUGCAAAGCAUCAACGAACAGAGUUUCAAUCAUUUCGUUCUGAAACUCGGCAUAAACCAUGGUCCUAUAACUGCGGGAGUUAUUGGAGCUCGAAAACCGCACUAUGAUAUCUGGGGUAAUACUGUCAAUGUGGCUUCCAGAAUGGAGAGUACAGGCAAAGCAGGAUGCAUCCAGGUAACAGAAGAAACAUGCGACAUCCUGAAAUCCUUCGGUUAUCAAUUCGAACAGCGCGGUCUGGUCGCUGUGAAGGGAAAGGGACAACUCAUGACUUAUUACCUUCUGGGAAAAGCCGGAAAAGUCACCCCACCGACAGCCCCCGUCUCUCCAAUUAUGGGCGUUGGCACAAUGGAAACCCUGAACGAAGAAGACGAAUCGCACGAUACCUCGAAAUCAGAUGAAAAGACAGUAAUCGAGUGCAACGGGCAUGAUUCCGGGGGAGAUUUGGAAUCCAAUGGUUUGUCAGAUCUGAAGGAUUCGGAAGAUGCCCAGUUGUUGCAGGAGUGUGAUCCUUAGAAUUCGAAUUGAUCUUCCACCAGGUCCUGAGAGUUAAAAGGUUCAAAAGCGCUUCCAACCAGAAUGGAUAUACAUAUACGUUCAAGCACUUACAGCCGGAAAACCCUAAAAUAUAAGGGAAAAACUGAUACGCAUAUCGAAUACCUGAAAUCAAUGUGGAUACUGUAAAUAAAAUUCUCAUCCUCUUCUGCAUGGCUGGCUCAACUAAAACUUUCAUUAUGAAAAAAAUGUUCUUCUGCCUACUGCACAAGUUAGAAUAUCUAAGCAGCGCCAUCUCUGUAAACGAACAAUAAGAAAGGAACGAGUCAAAUCCUGUAACGAAUAAUGAAUUUCACCUGGUAUCUUUUAUGUAUUACGUUGUCUGUCGAAAAAAGAUCGCUACUUUUCAAUAAACAAUCAAUAAUUCCGGAAAAAUGUGUUUCCGGAUAUUGCAGUACUUCUGUCAUGAACAAAAGGUUUGAGCAUAAUAAACAAACUUUCAUUUACCAGAUGGGAAAAGAAAGUUGUGCUCCUUUUUCCAGAAAAAAGUUUUUUGGCAAUCACUUCACUCUAAUUUCUCGGGAAUGCUGUCAAGGCCACAAUUAUUUUAAUUUGCCAAAUUUUCCAGUUGAUGAUUCAUCAGGACAAAUAUUUUCGUAUCCUAUAUUCUUGUUCCAUAAAAGCUCAAACCAAAAAUAAGUUUCCUGCUCAUUUAAAUGGCUCCUUCAAGCUGGACAAAAAUAAUCCAGAUAUUUAUAAUAUUGGAAAAGACUUAGGACAUGCAUUUUGUUGAAUCACCAUUUAUAUUUUUUAUAUAAUUUAUAAAAUCAUUUCCAUUCCAUUAUCGCCCAAUCUAUAAUAAAAGGAAAAUACUCUAAUUGAAACAAUACAGCAACAACAGAACUCUUUGUUGAUUUAGAGUUAUACAGCACAGAAAUUCAAACCGAAAAAUAAAGUCUUCUUCAAAGUGGCCUAAAUUUCAAUUCUUCAUGUGUGAAAUAAACAUCAUGUCGAAUGGGGGAAUAUACAGCGAGUAGAUUUUUAGACGAUAUCCUAUCUUGUUAAUAAAUAUUUAUCGAAAUUUCCUUGUAUCUUCGUAACACAUAUUAUAGAGAAUUCCUUCGUAAUCAGAAUGCAACAGUGGACAAUCAACACGUAAGAAAUUUUUGAGGUUUGUUUCCAGUAUUUUUUUUCCUCAGUAGGUAUUGUUAUUGUUCUGUAACUUUGAUUAGUUUAUCCGAAGUAUGUUUGUCAGCAGAAAUCCAUUCAUUUGAUAUUGGAGUGGUUUUGUUAGUUAUUUCCAUGAAAAUAAUUGUGCAGAACGUAAUCCUGUUGAUAAAAGUCUCUACAUCCAACUAAGCCAUGAUUGUUUAAAACAUGAUUGCUUAAGUGUUGAAAAAAUUAAUCAUAACUUCAGGUUCAUAUAGUCAAAACGAAAUUAUUCCUCUCUGCUUUUUUUCGACAAUGUGUAUCGAGAUGUUUAUAAUUUGGAAACUGAUUGGAGUUCUGAAAUCAUAUUAUACUCCAGUAUCAGUUAUAAAAGUUUAGAUACAACUAUUUUUUGUUGAAAUAUUUCUAGAAGCAUUAUAACUGAUAAUAAAGUCUAUUACUAUAUUA